AUGGAUGCUCCAAACCACACCACCGUGACAGAAUUCAUUCUUUUGGGGUUAACAGAGAAUUCCACAUUGCGUGUCAUCCUCUUUAUGAUAUUUCUAGGAAUAUAUGCUGUUACCUUAGUAGGCAAUAUCAGCAUCAUCACUUUAAUAAGAAGCUGUCCCCAGCUUCAUACUCCCAUGUAUCUGUUCCUUAGCCACCUGGCUUUUGUGGACAUUGGGUUUUCCACAUCAAUCACACCUAUAAUGCUUACAGGAUUCCUUGGAUAUGGAACAGUACUCUCUGUGGCUGCCUGUGAAACCCAGUUCAGCAUCGCAGUCACAUUUGGAACAGCUGAGUGCUUUCUCCUGGCUGCCAUGGCAUAUGACCGAUAUGUGGCUAUCUGCUCACCCUUGCUCUACUCCACACAUAUGUCUCCCAGGAUCUGCUUCCUCUUAGUUGGGGUUUCCUAUGUAGGUGGCUGUGUGAAUUCAUGGACAUUUACUGGUUGUCUGUUGAGUUUGUCCUUCUGUGGACCAAAUCAGAUAGAUCACUUUUUCUGUGACUUCCCUGCUGUGUUGAAGCUUUCUUGCUCAGAUAUUUCCAUUAUUGGAAUUAUCCCCUCUAUCUCUGCUGGAUCCAUCAUUGUGCUGACAGUGUUUGUCAUCGCUGUCUCCUACACCUACAUCCUCAUUACCAUCCUGAAGAUGCACUCCACUGAGGGCCGCCACAAG